GUGUAGUUGCGAUUGCGUUUAGUUGCUCGGAACGGAGUGCAAACUCGACAUACAAAAGGCGAGCGCAGACGGCGGCUGUGACGUUUGCCUUUUGGACGUUUACGAAGAUAAGUGGCGCGACCGGCGUUCAUCGGCAACCCACCGCUCCACGCUGUCCCUAGUCGCUCACUUCGCUCAGUCGCAGCCGCUCAUCACUACAUACGGGACAUUAAUUAUCUUGAAAGAUGGUUCUGGAAAUCAAAUCUGUGCUGGUAGUCGACGGUGUCGGUGCAAACUGCACUGAGAUUCUCAAUUCACAUGGAAUCAACGUCGUCAACAAAGCGAAGAUCACAAAAGAUGAACUCCUCCAAGAAAUCCCGAAAUACGAUGCCUUGGUAGUCAGAUCUGCAUCUCAAGUCACCAAGGAGGUUCUAGAAGCAGGCAAAAAUCUGAAGGUAGUUGGUCGUGCUGGUGCAGGAGUAGACAAUAUCGACGUCACCACCGCUGGACAACGAGGUGUCGGUGUUAUCAACGCUCCAGGAGCUAACGCCCUAAGUGCCUGCGAGCUCACUUGCAGUCUGAUCUUAAACUUGUCAAGGCAUGUAGUGCCGGCUGCCGCCGCCCUGCGCGCUGGUCGCUGGGACCGCGCCCUCUACACCGGCACUGAGCUCAACGGCAAGACACUUGCCAUACUCGGCCUCGGCAGAGUAGGCAGGGAAGUCGCCAUCCGCAUGCACUCCUUCGGCAUGAAGAUUAUAGGUUACGACCCGUUUGUGACGGCAGAACAGUGUGCGUCUUUCCACGCUACAAAGAUGGAGUUGGACCAGAUCUGGCCGCUCGCUGAUUACAUCACCCUGCACACGCCUCUCAUUGAAUCGACAAGAAAUUUCAUCAAUGCCAAUGUGCUUAGUCAAUGCAAGAAAGGCAUCAAGAUCGUGAAUGUUGGACGCGGUGGGCUUAUCCAAGAGCGUGAUCUUCUUGAUGGGCUCAACUCCGGCCAUGUUGGAGGUGCAGCUCUUGACGUGUUUGAGCAGGAGCCUCCUACUGACCCCCUGACCUUGGAAAUUAUUCAGCACAAAGCCGUCAUUGCUACUCCUCACUUAGGAGCAUCGACGAAAGAGGCUCAAGUACGUGUGGGACAGGAGAUCGCUGAGCAGCUGGUGAACUUGGUUAAACCUGGCACCUACAACACGCCCCUUGCCGAAGUCACUCGUGUCUUAAACAAGUAGAUAGAUACUAACUACUACACAUGAUA